AUGAAGGACAUGGAGAGACUCAUCAACAUCUCAGCUGGAGAUCAGAGUGAAGCUUGGAUUGGUCUGUAUGAUCAAACACAUGAUGAAUUGAUCCUGAUCAAAGAAAAUAAAACCUGGGAGGACGCCUUAACCUACUGCAGAGAUCAUCACCAUGACCUGGUCACCAUCACCAACAUGGAUGAUCAGAGAUGGAUCCAGGAGAAAAUCAAGAACGCAUCGACUGAUUAUGUCUGGAUGGGUCUGAGCUACGCCUACACUCUGGAUUUCUGGUUCUGGGUCAGUGACGAGGUGGUCAGCUAUAAGAACUGGGCCAAAGAUGAACCGAUGGACGACUGUGACAUGUCUGGAGCCAUGGAGACGGGAGGAGAACAUAAAUGGUUCAAAAGAAAUGACACUGAGAAGUUUAAUUUCAUCUGUUCUAAAUAG